AUGCUGGGCGUGAAGGUCAGCGAGACCGAGCGUUCGGUGAAGGGCAAAGAAGAGGGAGAGAGGGUUGCGGCCCUCGGGUUUUGGUUUUGUUCGUUUUGCUUUGGAUCUUUGGGUGUGAUCGGAGCUCUGCUGAAGGGUGGCCUUGUGGCAUGCAUACUGGCCAGCCAUGGAAAUGGCUUGCGUGAUUUUCACGGCAUCUUUGCUGAAAACCUGGUGCUCGGCCAGCUCACGAGACAGUGGAAGGACUGCUCGCUUGAUGUGCUCCGGGAACGUCACAGGUUGGUGCGUGAGAGCUGGGCUGAUCUGGGAGCCUUCCAUAUUUGGUUCAAUGGAUGGUUCUUGCUGGAUGGUCCUCGCAAGCUUAAGAUCCUUGAGAGCACCCUCAAGUUUGACAGGGUCUUUGCUAUCUCGAUGCUACAGGCUGUAUACCUGUACCAGAGGAGCCCGCUGGAUGCCUUAGACUAA